AUGCCUCAUUAUGCCUGUUGCCCGAAGCAGCCUAAGGCUCUGGCCACAUGGAUACUUGUGCCUCAGGUGUGCUCAUCUUUUGCUGCAGGCCCCAGACAAUACGAUGGAACGUUUUAUGAAUUCCAUACUUACUGCCUUAAACCUUCAAAGAUGAAUGAGUUUCUGGAAAAUUUUAAGAAAAACAUCCGUCUUCAGACAGCUCACUCUGAAUUGGUUGGAUACUGGAGUGUAGAAUUUGGAGGCAGAGUGAAUAAAGCGUUUCAUAUUUGGAAGUAUGAUAAUUUUACUCAUCGAACUGAAGUUCGGAAAGCCUUGGCCAAAGAUAAGAAAUGUGAAGAACAAUUUCUCAUUCCAAAUUUGGCUCUUAUUGAUAAACAAGAGAGUGAGAUUACUUAUCCGGUGCCAUGGUGCAAAUUAGAAAAGCCUGCAAAAGAAGGAGUCUAUGAGUGGGCUUUUCAGAUGAAACCAGGUGGACCAGCUCUGUGGGGUGACGCAUUUAAAAGGGCACUCAAUGCCCAUGUCAAUCGAGGCUACUCGAAACUAGUUGGCGUUUUCCACACAGAAUAUGGAGCCCUCAACAGAGUUCAUGUUCUUUGGUGGAAUGAGAGUGCAGACAGCCGUGCAGCUGGGAGACAUCAGUCCCAUGAGGACCCCAGAGUCAUGGCAGCUGUGCGGAAAAGUGUCAAUUACCUAGUGUCUCAGGAGAAUAUGUUCCUGAUUCCUACGUCAUUUUCACCACUGAAAUAGUUUUCCACUGAAACAGGGAGCAUUUCAUGAAUGGCCAUAAGAUGUAUCUGCUAAUGUUGUUUAAAUUCUCCUAAGAGGUUCUCACUUUUAUUUGAAGA